AUGACUGUCAAAGCUGUAAAAAUGCCGUGCACCGCUCCAAAUGUUUAUACUAAAGUGCCUGACGGAGGAUGGGGCUGGACGAUUGCUUUUGCUUUCUUCUUUGUGGAAGCUCUAACCUACGGCAUUAUAAAAUCGUUUGGCGUCUUCUUUAACGACCUGAUGGAGAGCUUUGACGAAACCAACAGCAGGAUAUCCUGGAUAAUAUCCAUAUGUGUCUUUGUGCAGACCUUCACAGCUCCUCUGUCGACGGUGCUCAGCAAUCGCUUCGGUCACCGCUUUGUGGUGAUGGCCGGAGGGGUACUGAUCAGCACCGGCAUGGUCACCGCCUCCUUCGCCCAUACUGUUGUGGACAUGUACGUCGCCAUCGGCGUCGUCUCCGGCCUCGGAUACUGCCUCUCUUUCCUCCCGACUGUCACCAUUUUGUCACAGUAUUUUGACAAAAGACGCUCGCUGGUCACAGCAGUGGCAUCGACAGGGGAAUGCUUUGCUGUUUUCUCCUUUGCACCAGCAAUCACAGCUCUGAAGGAGCAGAUCGGCUGGAGAUACAGCCUCCUCUCCAUCGGGGUGCUGCAGCUCAGCAUCGUCGUCUGCGGAUCGCUGUUGCGACCCAUUAUCAUCAAAGAGCAAGAAGAAGCGAAAGUGCAGCCUCCGGAAGAGCCGGCGGAGACCAAGUACAUGCUUGAAAACGAGCAAACGCGCACCUCAAUAGAGUCCAUAGACUCAGGAGUAGAAAUAACUACCUCACCCAGCAAUGUGCCUGGAAACACCAAAGCAGAGCCGAAAAGUGAAGAACCAAAGGAACACGUACAGAUACUUGUGGAAAAUCACAGCACCCCUCCAGAACCAAAAACCAAACUACUGGACUUCUCAGUAAUGAGAGACUAUAGCUUUAUCUGCUAUGCCUUCUUUGGCCUGUUCGCUACCCUGGGCUUCUUCGCUCCCUCCCUCUACAUCAUUCCCCUGAGUCUCAGCCUUGGCAUCGGCAAAGACCACUCCGCGUACAUCCUGUCGGCCAUGGCCAUUGCGGAGGUCUUGGGAAGAAUUUCAGCGGGCUGGGUUCUCAACAAGAAGCCGAUCCGCAAGAUCUACAUUGAACUCAUCUGCGUCGUUCUGCUGUCUGUAGCGUUGUUUGCCUUCCCUUUUGCCUCCGGAUUCUGGGGCUUGAUGACAUGUAGCAUCUUUUUUGGGUUCAUGCUCGGAACGGUAGCGGGCACGCAUAUUCCCCUCCUGGCAGAAGACGAUGUGGUUGGCAUCACAAAGAUGUCUUCUGCAGCUGGAGUCUACGUCUUCAUUCAAAGCUUCGCUGGGUUGGCUGGACCACCCCUUGCAGGUGUCUUAGUGGAUACGACACAGAAUUACAGCUCGGCCUUUUACUCCUGCGCUGCUGGCAUGGUGCUGGGUGCCGUGUGCCUGGCCCUGGUGAGACCGUGCAAGGCUGGGCUGUGCCUCCGCUGGCAGCGCUGCCCCGAGGAGAGCGUGGCCGAGGCCCUGCCGGACUUACCGGAUGACUUUAUUGACAUGGAUAUUGGAAAAGCAGAAAAUUCAGGAAAAGGCUGUGACUGCGUGGCGUAA